AUGAAUGGUGAGCCUCUCCGCAUCGGUACGCGCAGCAGUCCUUUAGCCCUUUGGCAGGCCAACUUCGUCGCUGAAGAGUUGAAACGCAGCGGUCAGCCUGUCGAGAUCGUCCAUGUUUCGACCACCGGCGAUGUCACAUCCGGGCCUUUGGGAGAAAUUGGUGGCCAAGGUCUCUUCACCAAAGAGAUUCAAGCGGCGCUGUUCGACAAUCGCGUCGAUGUAGCCGUUCACAGCUUGAAGGACCUUCCGACCGAACCAACCCCCGGUCUGGCACUCGCAGCGAUUCCUUCUCGCGAAGCAUGUGGCGACGUGCUGGUUUCCAAAGCAGGCUACCAUGUCGACACGCUCCCCCAAGGAGCGAUCAUCGGCACCGGCAGCGUUCGUCGUCGCGCUCAACUGCUUCAUGCUCGGCCCGAUCUCGAGAUUCGCGACAUCCGUGGCAACGUCGAGACACGUUUGAGGAAGAUGGACGAUGGCGAAUACGAAGCGAUUGUCCUCGCCGAAGCUGGUCUUCGCCGUUUGGAAUUAGCCGAACGAAUCGUUCAUGUGAUCGACAAGCGUGUCAUGCUUCCUGCUGUCGGCCAAGGAGCGCUCGGUAUCGAAGUUCGCGAGAACGACCAUCGUGCCAAAGCGGCCGUUGGAGUUCUUCAUCAUCCCGAUAGCUAUCACUGCGUCCAAGCUGAACGCGUGCUGCUAGCAGAACUUCGCGGUGGUUGCUUGGCCCCUGUCGGUGCUUGGGCUCGCUUGGAGCUGGAACGAGACCUACUGCAUUUGGACGGCAUCGUGAUUAGCGGCGAUGGUGUUCAGAAGAUCUCGGCGUACGCGUGUGGUCCUCCAUCGAAGGCCGCCGAAAUUGGUCGUCAGGUCGCAUCACAGCUUCUCAUUCAAGGUGCACAGCGAAUCAUUAGCUACGCACGAUCGACCGGCGGACGCGGCUAA